AUGCGGGGGGACUUCUGGCUCUUCUUCGGGCUGCACAUGAUGGUAUGGGGAUUCUUCCAGCAUGGAUGGAGGGACAACGCCGGAUGGAAGGGCAAUCGCGGGGGCAACCUCGGGACUGUGGGCAUCGAUUGGGUCGACUGCUGGGUCGACCUGAAGAUGAUAUCCAUCAUGGUCACGUUUUUCCUGGCCUUCUAUGUGAACCAGUGUUUUGGGAGAUACCAGCACAUCUGCGCGACAACGCAGAAGAUGUUUGCUUCAGCUCACGACUUCAUGUACCAUGCCCGACUCUUCCUACGGAAGCCGGACAAGCCGUACGACCGUUUGUCCAGCCGCUGGAUCACCGCAGUGUCGCUGCUGGGCGUGGCUCAGCUGGAGACUCGUGGACAGACUGACCUGGACGAGCAGCAGUGGAAAUCCUUCGUCUCCUCCGGAUUGGUUCGGAAGAGCGAGGUGGAGUUCCUGCGCAGUUUGGGAGGCUUGGGGCGGCUCCUCGUUGUAACGCAGAUGGCCGGCGAGGUGGUCCGAAGCGCGCUGGAGGCUGAAGGAAAGGCCGAUGCCGCCAGGGAUUCUGUCCUGACAGAAAUGGUGGACCGACUCCUCGUUUACAAGGAGCACCACCAGGACCUGCUGGACCUUUCUGCAGUUAAAGUUCCCGUUCACUACCAUCACUUGCUGACCGCCCCUGGACUGAAACAGAGUUGA